AUGGAUCAACGAGAGCUCGAGUCGCGUGUAAAAGCGCUGACCAAGUCGGUUGCUGCCAACGAACCGCCCGAGAACGCCAUCAAGUUGCUGGAAUCGCUUAAGAAGGAUGCCAAGCCUACCGAGGAGAUGCUGAGGGCUACAAAGGCCGGUGUUUUCGUCGCAAAGCUUCGAGCAAACCCCAACAAGGAAAUCGCACGAUCAGCCGCCGAACUCGUCAUCAAGUGGAAGAAGCUCGUCGAACAAGAGAAGGCCUCAAGGGCGCAGCGGCCAAAGAUGGGCUCACCCGCCGCGGCGCCGGCCUCAUCCCCAGUCCCCCAGGCAGGCUCUGCCACCGGUGCCAAGAAGGCCUUCACGGGCGACCCCGAGAAGCGUAGCUUUACUGCUGACGGCGUUGAGCUUAAGCGAACCAGCUCGGGCGUCCGAGACAGGUGCAUUGGCCUCAUCUACAAUGGUCUCGCGUAUAGGUCGACCGAGUCUCCAGACGAUGUCAUCGCCAGGGCUGUUGCUGUGGAACACGCCGUCUUUAUCGAAUUCAAGGAAGACGAAGGUGAGGGAUACAAGAAGAAGAUACGGUCUCUCUUUGCGAAUCUCAAGACAAAGUCCAACAAGGACCUCGGCAAACGUGUCAUGGCGGGAGACAUAUCGCCCGAAAAAUUCGCCAAGAUGACCGACGAAGAACUCAAGAGCGAAGACCAGCGCAAGAAGGAGAUUGAGCUGGAGAAGGAGAACAUGAAGAGGGCCCAGGUCCCCAUGGCCGAGAAGAGCAUCAGCGAUAGUUUGGAAUGUGGCCGUUGCAAGAUGAAGAAGGUCAGCUACACGCAGGCUCAGACCAGAAGCGCGGAUGAACCGAUGACGACGUUUUGCGAGUGCAUGAAUUGCGGCCACAGGUGGAAGUUCUCUUAA